AUGGAAAAGGUUAAAGACUUCUUCACUAACGACAUUGAGGUCGAGGCAAAUAGCAGCUUGACCAACCAAGAGGGUGUGGUCCCUGUCAAGUCGCUUUCUUCUGAGUACGAUCCUCUGGCUGAGAGGCUGACCAAGGAAGUUGAUGACGAUGCAUAUGCACAAACCCAUAUUCCAGAUGAUUCACCUUAUCCAGAGGUGAGAGCUGCGGUCUCGUCUUUCGAUGAUCCCACAAUUCCCCAGAACACCUGGAGAAUGUGGGUUUUGGGUAUGAUGAUGACCACCAUUGGUUCUGCCAUGAACGUGUUAUUUUCCAUGCAUUCCCCUUCAUUCUACAUCACCGCCCUGGUUACCUCCAUGUUGGCAUGGCCUAUCGGUAGGGCAUGGCAGAAGAUUAUGCCUAACCUCAAGGUGUUUGGUAUUCCUCUUAACCCAGGUGCUUUCAACUUGAAGGAACAUGCUUUGAUCACCAUCAUGGCCAACGUGUCCUUCGGUUCUGGUCAAGCUUAUGCUACUGCGGUUAUUCUGGCAUUGAACCAGCACUACGGAGUGGACUUUGGCUGGGGAUUCGAUCUCGUGUUGAUCUGGUCCUCCCAAUGUAUAGGGUUUGCAUAUGCUGGUAUGAUGAGGAAAAUCCUUGUGGAGCCUUCCAACAUGAUCUGGCCCUCGAACUUGGUUCUGUCCACCUUCUUGACCAACAUUCACGUUAACGACAAUCACACUGCUAACGGAUGGCAGAUCUCGAGACUUAAAUUUUUUCUGAUAAUAUUUUUGGUCUCGUUCUUCUGGUACUGGUUCCCAGGUUAUAUCUUCAAGGCGCUUUCCUACUUUGCAUGGCCAACGUGGAUUGCUCCUAAUAACGUGGUGGUGAACCAGGUCUUUGGAGCCUACACUGGUCUUGGUCUCAUUCCGCUCACUUUUGACUGGAACCAGAUUUCUUCAUACAUUGGAUCUCCACUUGUGCCCCCAAUCUCCACAAUAGUCACCAUUUUUGCUUCCAUGGUGAUCAUCUUCUGGAUCGUGACCCCAGCCCUCCACUACACCAACACCUGGUUCGGAAGGUACUUGCCAAUGUCAAGCUCUGGCUCCUACGACCGUUUCCAGAAAACCUACAACGUUUCCAGAAUCAUUAACUCAGACUUGUCACUGAACUUAGAAAAGUACAAGGAAUACUCGCCAUUGUACUUGUCCACCACAUUUGCCGUUUUCUACGGCAUGUCCUUUGCAUCUUUCACCUCCACCAUCGUGCAUGCAGUGCUCUUCCAUGGUGCAGAUGUCGUUGCUACUAUCAGAGAGUGGAAAAAUAUGAAGCCGGAUGUUCACUCCAGACUCAUGAAACAGUACAAGAACGUUCCUGAGUGGUGGUAUGCCAUUGUGUUCGUGAUAUUCUUCGGUAUGUCUGUUGCUACCAUUAGAGCUUGGAACACCGAGAUGCCGGUGUGGUCGCUUGUGGUUGCCCUUUGCAUCGCCAUAAUUAUGCUGAUCCCAGCAGGUAUUAUUCAUGCUAUUACCAACAUCUCAGUCGGACUUAACGUCAUUACCGAGGUCAUUGUCGGUUACAUGAUCCCAGGUAAGCCAAUUGCUAUGAUGCUGUUCAAGACCUACGGCUACAUCACCAACUUCCAAGCAAUUCAAUUCACGUCCGACAUGAAACUGGGUAAUUACAUGAAGAUCUCGCCAAGGCUAUUGUUCACUGCUCAAUUUACCGCUGCCAUCUGGGGUUCUUUGGUCCAGAUCGCCGUUCUCAAAUGGGCCCAAGGUGCCUACGAAAACGUAUGUUCCACCACUCAGGUCGAUAAAUUCACCUGUCCUGGAGCCCGUACUUUCUUCAACGCGUCCAUCAUUUGGGGUGUCAUUGGACCACAACGUCAAUACUCGCACGGUCAGACUUACUACGGGACUCUCUUCUUCUUUAUCAUCGGAGCCAUCUUGCCAAUCAUCAACUGGCUGAUUCUUAAGAAGUGGCCAAACUCGUACGUUAAGUACCUCAACUGGCCAGUGUUCUUCUCUGGAACCAAUAUGAUCCCUCCAGCAACUCCUUAUAACUACGGCUCGUAUUGUGUUGUCGGAAUCUUCUUCGGAUGGUUCAUCAAGAAGAAGUGGUUCCACUGGUGGUCCAAGUACAACUACUCUCUAUCUGCAGGUCUCGACAUCGGUCUUGCCUGGUCUUCGCUGCUCAUCUUCCUGACUAUUUCGCUCACUAAGACAGCUGCUAUCUCGUGGUGGGGUAACAAUAUAACCGAUGAGACCAUGGACAUGACGAACACUGCCAUCCAGGAGGUGCUCGCAGCUGGGGAUUUUUUUGGCCCAGCUUCUUGGUGA